UUUCAUCCGCUCCACCUCUCUCCUCCCAGUCCCCUCCUCGGAAGUAGACGUAUCCCGUCUAUAUUCCGUUCUUAUUUUUUUUAUAUAUUUAUAUAUCAACCCCUCUACCCUCAAAACUCACAAUGGACGAUUAAACCGCAGCACGGUCCUCGAUUCCACCCGUCUUUCUUCCUGCUUGGAUCGAGAGGACCGGAUGAAACCCAACUGUGGUUUUCUCCGCUUCGCAGGGGAGGUAGCUGUAUCCAGUGGGGAGGUCGGCUCGACCCGGGGAGGCCAGAAUGAAGUUCGCCCAACCCUGGGGACGCCAGAGGCUGUCUUUUCUCCUGGAGAAGGCCGCCUCUAGGGAAGCCCAGACGUGGAAAAGCUACGUGGCCAAGAAGCCCACCUCCCAGGAUGCAGACGUCUCGCCGGCGCAGCGGGACGAGGCGGUGCGCUGGCUGACGGAGCUCCACGGCCGGCUGCAGCUCUACCCGGAGACCCUGGUGUUAGCCGUUAGCAUCCUGGACCGCUUCCUGGCUCCCAUCAAGGCCCGUCCAAAGUACCUGCGCUGCAUCGCCGUCGCCUGCUUCUUCCUGGCUGCCAAGACCUGCGAGGAGGACGAGUGUGUUCCCUCUCUGAAGGAGCUGGUUGCCUGCAGUAACUGCGGCUGCUCUCCGUCAGAGAUCCUGAGGAUGGAGAGACUCAUCCUGGACAAACUGGACUGGGACCUGCACACCGCCACCGCGCUGGACUUCCUGCACAUCUUCCACGCGAUGGCGACGUCGUCUCUCCGCUUCCUGGACUCCGUCGGGUUGAACCGCUCCCAGCACCUCGGCCUCCUCACCCGCCGCCUCUACGCCUGCCUGGCUGACCACGCCCUCAUGCAGCUGAGGGGAUCCAUGCUGGCCCUGGCCCUCAUCAGCCUGGAGCUGGAGACCUGCUGUUCUGAUUGGCUGCCGCUCACCAUCAACCUGCUGAGGAAGGCUCAGACGGACAGCUCGGCGCUGAUCCGCAGCAGAGAGCUGGUGUCACGCAGCCUGUCCACCCCCAGAGCUUCCCUGCCUCCCAACACCGUUUACAUCUUCCACCCCCUGCAGCUCGCCGCCCCGACCCGCCGCCCGCCGGGGACCAUGGAGACGUCCAGGGACCAACCCGACCCGACGGCGGCGGCGGCGGCGGCCGGAGAGGAGAGCAAAGCUCCGCCCCCUUCGCCAAAACACCUGAAGCAGCUGCAGAAAGUGACGCUGCGCUGCAAGGCCUCCACCAAGCGCAAGGUGGAGCAGAUGGACGUGGACGAUUUCUACGACGGCAUCAAGCGCCUCUACAACGAAGACGUCACCGCCGCCGUCCACGGGGGCGCCGCCCGCAGCGGGGGCGGGGCUUACGGCGGCGGCUCCUCCCCCUGCCCUCCUCUGCAGCCGGUCGGCGCCUCGUAGAAACGGGAACCGGAUCCGUUCAGCUGGAACUGAGCGCAGCUCCCAUCAGCCCCUGCAGCUGGAAAACAGAGCAAAAAAAAAACUAAACAUCCAAAACGUAAAAAAA